AACUUCGCUUAUUAUUUUACAGAAGUUACACAUUUCAAUGCCACAAUACAAAUACACGUAUGGGAUUAUUCGCUGUACGAGCACAAAUGAAAUCCUUUUGCUCAACCGCCAAAAGCAUCCAUGGAUGGGCCGCUGGAACGGCGUAGGGGGAAAGUUUUCGCCGGGCGAGACGCCGAUGGAUUGCAUCAUCAGGGAGACACAAGAAGAAACCGGUUUGGUGAUCAGCAACUACCAGCUGAGGGGUGUCAUGACCUGGUUUAAAGAUGGGGAGAAUUUAGGAGGCAUGUACGUCUUCACAGCUGACUUGGCAGAGAUUCCGCGGGGGUUCCAUACACCAAAGCUCGUUGACGAGGGAAUCCUUGACUGGAAGAAGAUCACCUGGGUCUGUGACGAGAAAAAUUCAGGGAUAGUGGAUAAUUUAAGGAUAAUGCUCCAAAAUUUAUUCCAUGCAGACGAGAAGAGUACGUUUAAAACACUCUACGAGUCAGGCUCGGGCGAUAAGACCUUUGCCAGCGACAGGUUGGUCAGCGUAGAGUAUUUAACCGAUUCUCACCAUGAAAUUUACUAGUUAGGUGCUAAUACUGAAGCAAAGGGGCG